CGAUCCGGGAGUUCUGAAUCUGACCUCUUUUUCACGACGACCCGGUUCCUAAAGAACGUGCUUCAAAAACAUCGUUCCUGAGAGGAGAUUGAACAAAACAAGUAUCGACAUUGAACUUGGUGGCUCAGGUUAUACGAAAAAGGUGACUGCUGAUUUCAUUUCGGAAGCAGACACACAAGAAGCAACAUGCAUUUCUCUUCGCUUAAGGUUUUACUGACAAUUUGCAUGUGGGCGAUUGCACUAGUGGCAACUCAUGCUCAAGAAUUAAACCUCACUGACACAGAGGAGGCAGAAUUCCGACAGGGUGGAAUGGCGCAACUGAUAUCUUCUGGCAUGGGAGGAAUUUAUGGUGGUAGCGGUGGAUAUCAAAUGCUAAAUUCAGGAAGCACUGGAGGUGGGUACUCAAACAUGAUAAGAAACCUGUACAGACCACCUUCCCUCGGUUUAACAGACAAAGUUAAACACUGGGUAAAGUCCUUCAUGAACAGGAGACAAUUCGUCAAGCCAGUAUACAACCCAUCCAUGGGCGGAUUGUCUUAUACCGGUGAAUAUGGAUCCAAGCCCAUGUUCAUGAGUCCUAAUGGUUACAAGGCUAUUUCAGUACCUCUAAGACAACUACAGAAAUAUUACAAACCUUAUUACGGAACAGAAGGAGGAAGUCCACAAUAUUUGCAAGCAGCUGGAAACACUGUCCCAGGAUCAUCUGGAGCGGCAAGCUCUUUUGGCAGCUACAGCCCAAAUGCAGUGUCAUCCAAUGGUGGUCUUUACGCUAGCGAAAGCGCCAGCUCUGGUCACUUUACAGGCUCUGGUAGCAAUCUUUAUGGAUCAUCCGACAGCAGUGCUUUAUUUGGAGCAGGAGGUAUCUCUGGAAGUAACAUAUUCUCAUCUGGUGGCAGCCCAUCCAGUGGAUUAUUCUCAUCUGGCGGUAGUCCCGGAAGUGGCUUAUUCGGCUCACAGGCAGGUUCAAGUGGACUCUUCUCUGGCAGUGAAGGCGGUAGCAGCUUAUACAAUAUUCCGAGCUUUGGAAAUGGUGGAAUUUAUGGAUCUAGUGGUAGCCCUGCUAGUGGCUUUUAUCCUGGCUCCAGUGGAAGUGGUGCCUCUUUUGAUCUCGGCAGCAGUGGUAUUUAUGGUUCUGAUGGUAGCUCGUUUGGAUCCAGCAGUGGUGGAUUCGGAAACAGCGCAGCAGCAAGCAGUAUUCUAUCAGUUAAUUCAGGUCCCGGCAGUGGCAGCAGUUAUGGAGACCUUUAUGCCAGUGCCGCUAACCAAGCCACCAGUUUAUACAAUCCUUCAGUGAAUGAAAAUGGACGACAAUACAAUGGUGGAUCUGGCAGCAAAUCUUCUUAUGGAGGAAGUAGCUCUUCCCUAUACAUACCAUCAGCAUCCGGAGACAGAAACGGCGACUCUUCGUACAGCCAGCAAUCACCAAAAGAAAACAGUUACAAUGUAGAGUCUGUGAGGGGCGGCCAACCUGAAACCUCAUACUCUGUAUCAUUCCAACCUGCUCAAUCAAAAUCAUACAGCUCAUCUUUUGAAGGCGCGAGUUUCCAACCAGUUUCUUACUCUUCCGACGGCAAUUCCGCUCAAUUCCAAGAAAAAAGUUCUUCAUAAGGAACUUUUAUUAUCGAACCUUGAUUAGCUAGGACAAUUGUCAGUUAUUUUAACAAAGAGAGGUGGCUCAAUGUAUAGUUUGAGGAAAGUCUUUAAUAAUGUUAUUGCUAAAUGGAAGUUUGCAGGACGCAAACUUAAGGCGCACAACAGUAUGAAGAGCGCUAUAAAUAUUCCUUAAGGCCAAUAUUUUUAUUAAAUGAAACAGGGUUACUAGGUGGUCAGCUGGACUGACCAACGGUGUAUUUACCUUGAACUGUAAACAAAUGUCUUUUUUUUAUUGUCUCUUUUCUAUGAAAAGAAAUAAACUCAGUAUGUCAAAAUGAAAUUUUUUAACCUCUCUUUCUUUCAUCAGUAUUUAAAUGUAUGUAUUUUCAAGGUAUAAUUGAAAAUGCUCAAUGUUGUUAAGCAAUACUACUUCCUCAUGUGUUACUAAGUAUAAAUUUUAAAAUAUUGUUUUAUUAAAAAGGCACAUAAGUGCAUAAUGAUAUUAUUGGCAAGGAAAAAAACUUAAAUUAUAUAAUUAUUGUGAAGGUUUUAUUUAUUUAUUUAUGUCUCCAUUUAUGUUGUUUAUGUUUUUUUAUUUAAAAGAUAAAUUUUAAUAUAAGUAUGUGCUUGUUUGUAAAUAAAGAUAUUCUUUAGAUACU